GGGGGUAUAUAGUUUUCGCACUGUCCGUCGGUCGGUCAGUCACACUUUGUGUCCGCUCUCUUAUUCAAAUAGUUUUCAUCCGAUCUUUACCAAACUUGGUCAGAAGUUGUAUCCAGACAAUAUCUAGGUCAAGUUCGAAUAUGGGUCAUGCCGGGUCAAAAACUAGGUCACAGGGUCACUUAGUGCAUUUCAAGGAUUUAGCAUGGUGUCCGCUCUCUAAUUGAAGUAGUUUUCAUCUGAUCUUUACUAAACUUGGUCAGAAGUUGUAUCAAGACAAUAUCUAGGCCAAGUUCGAAUAUGGGUCAUGCCGGGUCAAAAACUAGGUCACUGGGUCACUUAGUGCAUUUCAAGGAUUUAGCAUGGUGUCCGCUCUCUAAUUGAAGUAGUUUUCAUCUGAUCUUUACUAAACUAGGUAAGAAGUUGUAUUAAGACAAUAUCUAGGUCAAGUUUGAAUAUGGGUCAUGCCGGGUCUAAAACUAGGUCACGGGGUCACUUAGUGCAUUUCAAGGAUUAAGCAUGUUUGCCCCGUUUCAUAAACAAUUCUUAAGUUUUACGUAAGUAUUCUGCGAUAAAUACUUACGAACGUUCUUACGCCAAUACGUACGAACGUUUCAUAAACACGUUCGCAGACUUAAGAAUUCUUACGAAUUAAACGAGCGUUAAACCAGUCUGCGAUCUUCAAACUGAGGUUGUAAAACACUCUGAAGUUAGUUGGCGCGCUAUGUCAGACGACUGUAAGAUAAGAUGGCCACCCGCGCAUCAAACUGGUGCGAAGAAGAGAUUGAGGUGUUGAUUGAUCUAUGUUCGGGAAAAUCGCUCGGCGAGAUGAAUGCGGUAUUCUGGGAUAGAGUAACUGAGAGGUUUGUUGUUGACAUAUCCAAAACCAUAUUAUAGAUCUUUGAAAUAUCAUAUCAUCAUGAUCAUAUUUUUAUUUGAGUCAUUUUGACUUAAUAUUAGGUUAAUAGUUAAUUGUGUUUUUAUAUUAAAUACUAGAAAUAAAGAUCAGUAUUUAAUACAAUUCAUUUAAUAAAGUAUUUUUGUAUUGUUUCUGAGUGAUAAAUGUUUAUUUAUCGAUACAUUCAGAGUAAACAGCGUAGGAACGUGUGUGAGACCACCGAAGAAGGUGAAGAAGAAGUGGUCAGAUAUAAAGUCCGCAACAAAAACAAAAGCAAUGGCCAUCAAGUCUGUGGUAGUGCAGACUGGGGGAGGGCCGCCACCAAAGCUCUUGUCGGCCUUACAGGAAAAGGUCCUGUCUGUACUCCCAGACUGCAUCACAAUGGGUAUCACUGGGGGCGUUGACACAUUCCUCACAAUAGAUAAACCUGAAGGUUUCUUCGAAGAUUCAGACAGUGAAUCCUAUUCACUAAUCUCGGGAGAAAAAAGCACAGACACCGUAAUGAAAAAAAAAAGGGUCAACAAGAAAAGGAAAUGUGACUGCCAUGAUGAACUUCUGGCAAUUGAGAGAAGGAAAUUGGAAUUAUUUGAAGAAAUAGUUCAUUUAAAAAGAGAGUCACUUUGUUUUAAAAAGCUUAAGCAUUCAACUACAAAUGUAUUUGAAUAAUAGCUCGACUAUUAAUGAAAUGGUCAGGGCUGCACUUCUCACCAAAAUGUUGGCGUCUGAAUAUUGUUCACGUUAAAGUCAUUUUUAUGCCCCCAUUCGAAGAAGAGAGCAUAUUGUUUUGCACAUGUCUGUCGGUUGGUCUGUCCGUUGGUCCGUCUGUCCACCAGAUGAUAUCUGGAUGAUAACUCAAGAACAAUUAUGCCUAGGAUCAUGAAACUUCAUAGGUGCCUUGAUCAUGACUGGCAGAUGACCCGCAUUGAUUUUCAGGUCACUAGGUCAAAGGUAAAUGUCACAGUGACUCGAAACAGUAAAAUGGUUUUUUGAUGAUAACUCAAGAAUGCUUACGCAUAGGAUCAUUAAUCUUCAUAGGUACAUUGAUCAUGACUGGCAGAUAACCCCUUUUAAUUUUCAUGUCACUAGGUUAAAGGUCAAGGUCACAGUGACUUGAAACAGUAAAAUUGUUUCCGUAUGAUAGCUCAAGAAUGCUUUCGCCUAAGAUCAUGAACCUUUAUAGGUACAUUGAUAUUAUGACUGGCAGAUGACCACUUUUUAUUUUGCAGGUCAAAGGUCAAGGUCACAUUGACUCAAAACAGUAAAAUGGUUUCCGGGUGAUAACUCAAAAAUACUUAGGCCUAGGAUCAUUAAACUUCAUAGGUACAUUUAUCAUGACUGACUGAUGACUCCUGAUUUUCAGGUCACAAGGUUAAUGGUCAAGUUCACAGUGACAAAAAAUGUAUUUACACAAUGGCACUAACUACAACCGACAGCCCAGAUUUAGGGCAUGCAUGUUAUACAAACAGCCCUUGUUUUCAGGUGACAACAGAAUCAAAGAUGACCCAUAGUCGAGCCCGCUGUGUUAUACAGCUUUUGUUAAGUUUAUGUGUUACAUUCCUUUAAACCUUUUAAUAUUAUAAUUUAUAUUUCUAAACAUUGAUAAUGUUUCCUUAUAUAAGAUGAACAAGAUGAACAUAAUGAAAAAUUGACAAUAUAUGUUUAUUUUUGUUAGAACCUAUCGGUCAAUAUCGAUGUAUGCACAUCAAUAAAUGAGAUGAACAAAGCUGAUCUCAUUUAUUGAUGUGCAUGCAACCAUAUUGAACAAAAUAUUCAGUUUAUUAAAUUAUAAUUAUUAUUAUAAUUUCAUCACAGUAUUUAUCUGUAAAAAAUG